GUGCGCGGCUGUAUGUUGUGUGACUUGAGCUUAGGUGACGGUCUCUAGGUAACGUGCGCUUACACUGGGAUUUCAGCGACACUGGUUGGUGUAGGAUGACAUCAGGAAGCCAGUGGAAACGACACUUCACAUAAAUUGUGUCAUUUCAUUAAAUUUUGUAAAACAUGAGUAACAUGACACGUAAACCUGUGUUAAAGAGUUACUUAUCCGUCCUUCUUGUCUUCGGCGGGUCUUUCAUAUUCCAAGGUCUGCAAGUUGAUGAGACUGAAUUCGGGAGAUUGGGUGGGCUAUAGAGUUGUGUCACGGUUUCCAGUAUACAAGUUAGCACAAAGAAAGGGCUCUAUUUGUUACCUUAAACAAAAAAAACAUUUUACUUCCAAACCAACUCAUUUUUCAAUGAUGUUCGGUCAUAAAGAUGCAGAGUUUAGGAAAUUGGCCGAACUGUGUUCCACUUGAACAAAAUAGUAGAAGUGUUCAUAUUCAGGCAGGAACCGCACUUAGCUACCUUAAGGUGCUAAAGGUAUGGUCUCUGGCCCGGACAGGAUCACCCGUAUGGAAAGGAGCUUUGGAUCAGGAAAAAUUAACCCUCCUUCCCGACCCAACUCCUAUUGGGACGACCCCUACCGACGGCCCUAUUUUGACAACAGCACUACUCGAAACGUCACUGCACCCCUUGGAAAGACGGCUUAUCUUCACUGCCGAAUUCGACAAAUUGGGGAUAGAACAGUGUCAUGGGUGCGACAAAAGGACCUCCACAUACUAACCGUGGGCCGAUAUACUUAUACUAGUGACCAGAGGUUCACUUCCCUACACCUGGACGACUCGGAUGAUUGGACCCUGAAGAUUCAAUACACUCAAAAAAAGGAUGGAGGAAUUUACGAAUGUCAAGUCAGCUCUGAACCGAAGAUUAGUCUUCCCAUACGACUAAAUAUUGUCGUUGCCAAGGCAACGAUCCCAGAAGGCCCAAGUAUGUACGUGCAGAGUGGAAGUACCAUCAAUCUUACUUGCAUCAUCAGCGACAGCAGCGCCCCUCCCGUGUACGUUUUUUGGUAUCACAACGGUCGGAUGAUCAACUAUGAUUCUGUAAGGGGCGUACAAGUUAAGACAGAGACUGGACCAACCACUGUUAGCAGACUAAAGAUCGAAAACGUCAAGACCACCGACUCAGGUGAUUACAGCUGCACCCCUUCAUAUGCUGACCCUGCAAAUAUCACAGUCCACGUGAUCAAUGGAGAGAAGCCCGCAGCCAUGCACCAUGGUGUGACGUCUGUUGGUGUCGGCGUAUGUGUUCAACCCAUCUUGGUAUUGAUGUUAGUGCAGUUUGUGCAACGUUGUGUAGCGGAUGUUAUAGGCAGAUAACCGUGUUACAUCCUGCAGGUGGACUCGGUAUGUUUGUCUCGGUAGAAAGAUCUGUGGCAGUGCUGAUGAUCUGUUGUAGCUAUGAGGUGUUGUCGGUCUUCGGUCUUAACUUGAACGUGUAUCUGAUAGCCUGCUGUCCUUUCAUAAAACUCCAACACAAGCCUCGACACCCCGGUUAUGACCUUUGACACGCUGUCUUGAUAAUCUUCUACACAGUUUUGGUUCCCAUCUUCCUCAGUGAACUAGACAUUUGUCACCAUCGGUUCUGUGGGUAUUUUUUGUGAAAAGUAAAGCAGAAAACGAAACUCUUGUGGACACUGGCCAAUUUAAUUGUCAUGUUGUAAAAUGUCCAAAAUACACGAUUUAUGAAAAAUAUAAUAACAUAAAAAAUAGAUAAAAUAGCUUUAACAUACACUGAUUUGUGAGCCUACUCCACGGACUAAUGUCAUUAAUUAUUUAUCAGACUGGUCACAUUGGCCCCCACUUUAGUUUGCAGGUUGUCGGUAUACAACCGUAAAAUGCUCAACAACCAGGAAGAAGCAAAAAAAAAAAAGACUAUUCCUCAUGUUACUGACUGAAGUUGGAAAAGGUGACUUAUAUGUAACUGAAUUAUUUUGUCACUUCCUUGUGUCAUUUCUCCACCUGUAGUAGAUUUUAAAUAACAGAUUCAAUAAAUAUUGGUGCUUCUGUCGUCGAUCGGCAGGUGUCAGCUGUCA